AACCGAUCCAUUGAGAUCAUUGAUAGCUAAAGCUAAGAAUAUCUAGUUUCUAGAUUAGGUAUACGGUGUACUUUCUCAAAGGGCAACUUGUUAAUAUUUAGAGUAGUUAAACUGUAAAUUACCUAACCUACCUAGGUAGUUAUAUAGUUAACUACCUGUUCGUUCCGUAUAACUAACUACAUACGUAUAAUUCAAACUGUACAAGUUCCUACGUAACUAGUAACCCCUCACAUGUCACUAUCAAGGCAUCUUCCCGGAUCCCGAAGAGCUGUUGCCGUCGCAUCAGGCUUUAUAUCUCCGCAAUCACUUACUACACAUAGUCCUCAAACUCCUCUGCUAUCCUCCCUUCCCAAUUCCAACCCCAACUCCUCAACACCGCCAACCUCGCAUCCCCUUCUUCAGUCUAGAAGCUUCGCUGCACAAUCGACCCAAAACCAAGACGUUCUCAAGCAAUUGUCUCCUAGACACGCCUGCACGAUGUCCACCAUGCCAGCUCAACACGGCCACUCCGAGGCCUGCUGCAACAUCCCCCCCGUGGUGUCCAAGGGCUACACCGCGAAGGGCGCAUACGAGGAGCUCGGAGGUUUCAAAUCAUACGUCACCGGCCCCAAGGUAGCCACCAAAGGCAUAAUCACCAUCUUCGACAUCUUCGGCUUCUACCCGCAGACCCUACAAGGCGCCGACAUCCUCGCCACCUCGGACCACUCGCAGCAGUACAAGGUCUUCAUCCCGGACUGGUUCAACGGUGAUCCCGCGCCCCUCUCGUGGUUCCCCCCCGACACCGAGGACAAGCAGAAGAACCUCGCCGCCUUCUUCCAGAAGAACUCGCCGCCGAGCGUCGCCGCCAAGGUCCCGGACUACGCCAGUGCCGUCUCGGCCAAGUACCCGGAGAUCAAGAGCUGGGCCAUUCUUGGGUUCUGCUGGGGAGGCAAAGUCGUAUCUCUCGUGACCUCGAAGCCCGACACCGUCUUCAAGGCCGGCGUGGAGGCACACCCGGCGAUGGUCGACCCGGCCGACGCCGAGAACAUCAAGGUCCCGCUAGCGCUGCUCGCGUCCAAGGACGAGCCUCCGGAGGACGUCGAGAAGUUUGAGCAGAACCUCAAGGGCCCCAAGCACGUCGAGACCUUCGGUGAUCAGAUCCACGGAUGGAUGGCGGCCCGUUCCGAUCUUGAGGAUGAGCGUGUCAAGGCCGAGUACAUACGAGGCUACGAGACUGUACUAAAAUUCUUGUCUAAGCACGUGUAAAGCAUUGAUUAGUCUCUCAAUAAGCCUCAAGGGCAAGAGGCCAAAUGUCGCUGGUCUUAUCUGACGAGGAAAUCUCUAAUGAAAGUAAAGAUGAAUGAAAUAAUUGUCCUUUAAUUGAUGAUUAUGACAAUACCACCCCCUACCACCCCCUUUUUAUCACAUGCGCAAGUUUAAUCUCGGUC